AUGCCGUCGUACGCCGUCUGCAUCGCCCUGGCGAUGGCAUCUAUCGACCGCGCCAAGUCAGUUGGCAUCACCACCGACCAGAUCUAUGCCUUUAUGGAGUCGCACAGUGACGUCUUGCCUUGUGUUCGGCGAAAAAACUGGCGCAAUGGCGUUCGGCAUUGUUUGAGUGGCCAUCAUGGCCUCAUUCUGGGCGACAACUCAGCUGGUACAGAUCCCACCGCGACAGAAGACAUUGAUGACGGCGAUGACGACGAUGACGUGGCGGCCACCGAUAAUGAGGAUGCAGGCAACUCGACUGCCAAACACAGCCACAACAUGUCUGCUGCCGUACCCAGCGGCUUGGCGUCGGAUGGCAUGGGCACUCGCUACAGCAACCGGCCCCUCCCUGUUGGUCUUGGUGCAAUGCCCGAGGCUGGUUUGGGCGUCAAUGGCAUGCCUGCCAGUGUCACGGGCAUGCCUGGUGCGACUGGUAUGAUGCCCGGCGUCAUGUCACCGCAAAUGAUGGGCAUGCCCGGAUUUGUCAACGCUGAUCCUGCAGCCUAUGCAUCUUACAUGGUCCCAAACAUGAUGUACAAUCCAGCCAUUGCCAGUGCCAGCAUGGCGCCGACGCAAAGCACUCCAAUGCAAGCAGCAUUCCUGCCACAGAAUGGCAUGGGUGCUUAUGGCACCAUGCCCACGAACAUGAGUGCCUAUCCACAGAAUCUAGCGAUGCAAGGGACGCCCGGCAUGAUGACGGCGGUUGGCCUCUCAAUGCAGCCGCAAGCACAACAACAUCACUCUUCGCAGCGGCAGCAGGAACACCAGCGGCAGCAAUCUUUUCAACAACAGCAACAUCUACAAUCACACCAGAUGCAGCAACAGAUGCAGCAACAGAUGCAGCAACAGAUGCAGCAACAGCAAAUCCAGAUGCAAAUGCAGAUGCAAAUGCAGCAGCAGCAACAGCAACAGCAACAACAGCAAGCCUACAUGCUCCAACAUCAAGCGCGAGGCAACUAUGCCUCAGGUGCCCCCGUACCUGGAUUCAUCCCCAUGUCUUAUUUUGGCGGCAACUACCCGGGCAUGGUGCUCAGCAGCUCUUCGGCUCCAUCGGCGAUGAUGCCGCCAAUGACUGCCCAUCCGGUCUUAAGCCAGCUGCGCACCAAAUUGGCACAGACUGGCACGGACACUAGUCAAAGGGAUGACGGUGAAAGGAGUGAGGUUCCUGCUCAUGGUCGGAGUUCGUCACCCUCGAGGCCUGCAUCGCCACACCGUGGCCAGUCAUCCGGUGGCAAGAGCAAGCGUCGCGAGCAUCCUCGAUCCAAGUCUACCAUCAACGUCAUGGACUCUGGCGUCGCCUCUGAAAUGAACGAUCCUAGUUCAGGAGCCUCGUCGGCAGCGCAUGACUCCAACUGCAACUCUUCCACGCAAACGCGCAGCGCUUCAGUGUCUGUUCACAUGGAGUCUGAUGGCCAUGCCCUGGUUGCAGCCUAG